AUGCAGGCAGUCAGGGGUAAGAAUGCAGACGUCGUCGAAUAUACAGUCACUUCUGCUGCAGGGGAGCCGAUAUUCAAGGCUGCCAAAUAUUACGGCUUCCGAAAUAUACAAAAUCUGGUUCGCCGCCUCAAACCUGCACGGCCGUCGCGGAUGCCCGGCGGGAAGGCAUUUGGCACCGCUAGGAAGCCGGCUGGCAAAGCGGGAGGCCUCGAAUAUGGCUACGUCGAGGUAAUGGCAUGCCCUGGAGGCUGCACGAACGGCGGUGGCCAGAUCAAGGUUGACGACCAAAUAAUAUUGGAUCGAAAAGGCAUCUCUGGCAAGCCUGGUCCGUUGGAGCAGAAGCAGUGGCUUGCGGAGGUGGAUGAGGCAUAUUUCUCAGCAGAUGACUCGGAUGCCGAAAAUGGGCAUGGUUCCGAGAUCAACAGUGCUGAGACCGACUUAGUCGACGGCAUUUCUCCUUCAUAUAUUCGAGAUACCCUGCUGCAUUGGGCGAGGACAACCGGUAUAGACCUGGACAGAUUGGUGUACACGAGCUAUCGUGAAGUAGUCAGUGAUGUUGGAAAGGACAAGACUACCGACACCGAGAGAGUAGUCCAGCUAGCCGGAAAGAUCGGCGGAGGAUGGUAG